AUGGAAAUGCAGCGCCUCGACAAUGGCACCGGAUCCGAUAUACUGCAGCCCAAGACGGAGACUCGUAAAGCCGGGUUGAGAGAAAUUUGGUCGUCUUCUCCUUGGAAAGUAACUUUGGUUGCUCUUGCGGCCCUUGUUGCGCUCGCCAUCAUUGUCGUCCUCGCUGCCGCCGCGGAAAUGGCAUCACAGAGCUACAUCAUGGGCCGGGACUGCUAUCCCAAUGGUCUUUGGAAAGAAAAGCCUGGUGCGACAUGGCGCAUCAUGGAUUCCUCGUACUUUUUCACACCAAACCUCAGUUUUGGAGCCUUCACCUUCACCCAGGUAAAAGUCAUCGAUGUUGCUUGGGACGUCAUUGUCGGAAGAGGGGGACAGCUGCUACUAGGUUGGGUCAACUAUCGCGUCUUUAACGAGUGGCUGGUGUAUCACAUGGAGAUGCAUUUCACAUCUUAUAAAUUCUAUGCGGCUGUUGCCUUCGAAACGACGACUAUGGGUACACUUGGUGUGUUGGCGAAAGAGUUUCUGGCGUUUGGCAAAAGAACACGGCGUCAGUUCUUCAGGUGGCUUGCAAUACUGUCCAUGUUGCUAUCCAAUUUGUACGUGCUAUCGUUUCCGACUUUGAUGGCUGCCAUGACUGGUUACAUCACUACAUACGAGCUGUUUGUGGAGGACCGCGAGCACAACCUCAUCGAGUGGAGUAAAAUAACACGAGUGACGGAUAUCAUUCACGAUGCAUAUCGACUGGGCUACGACAGAACAUUGAUAAUCACAGAAACCGAUACGGAAUUCAGAAACGCGAUCAGACUUUGUAUGUCGGACGUAGACACUCGUCAAUAG